GCGCUGUAAUCACAACGAAAGUAAACAGCAGCCGUGUGGCGCGUGGUUUAGACCCCCGGAGGUAAGAACAAAGUGAACUAUAUUUCAGAGCGGGUUCUGGUUCUGGUUUCGGCCUCAGCUGGAUCCCAGCAGUUUAUGCCUCAGGAGUCACUGGCGGGAAGCUGAACGGAACCACAGCGCAGCGAGGCUUCUUUCGGACCGACCUGGAACCCUCCGGGUACGAAAGUCCGACGCGGCUCACGAGAAGAUGAAGCACAAGUCUGGUAGCCUGCAGGAACAUGCAGCUGUUGUCAUUUCCAGCUCAGCCGAUGACGAGAAGAGGAUUGGUGAGGAUGAGCUGAGCGAGAGGAAGAGGAGGAAGAAGAAGCAGAGGAGGGAGUCAGCGAGUCCACAGGAACUUGUGGCUCAUGUCAGCGUUUCUCCUGGUGGGCUCACGCAAAGUCAGAAGAAACCAAAGAAGAAAAGGCGACCAGAUGAUGAGGCGGAGGAGGAGGAGGAGGAGGUCACCCUUCUACCCACUGCUGAACCGAUGCAGCACCAAGACAAGAAGAAGAAGAAAAAGAAGAGAAGCGGAGAGGAACCUCCCGCUGUUAUUGACGUCGACACUCCAAAGAAGAAGUUUAAAGACAUGAAAGAAGAAGAGAUCUGCCUUCCUUCCCCUAAUGGACUGACACAUUGUCAGAAGAAGAAGAAACGGGUGAAGAAGAAGAAGGAGGAGGUGAUGGCCAUUGCAACAGUCUCACCAACCCCUGAGAAAGCUCCAAAGAAGAAGAAGAAGAAGAAGAGCGGCGAGACCGUGAUUAAUAAAGAGAAGAAGAAGAAAAGAAAAGCAGCAGACGUGACCAGCAGCCAAGAGGAAGAUGUGGACUGGGUGCUGGUGGCGGAGCUGCAGGGGUACCUGCCUCACAUCAAGAUGAAAUGUGUCAAUCAGAUCAAAAAGAUGUUGGUGUGCGACCUGCAUCGCUUCAGGAGAUUCAAGCUGCAAGGUGUUCCGGCGCGUCUGGGCCGCUUUUCUGAGCAGGAGAACCAGAAGAUCCGAGAGAACGUGGCAGACUUCAUGGCUCUGACUGGCAUCAGUACUGCAGAGAAGCUCCUGUUUCCUCAAAGGUUCCAAGAUGAGCAGGACAUCAUCAGAAAGCUGAAGAAGCAACACGGCUUCAUGGAGAAGUUGGCGGAAGGAAUCCCUCGACCAUGUCAGCAGGUUUACCUUCGAGCCUUGAAGAUGUUCGAUCCAAAGCACCACAUGGGAAGGUUCUCGGAGGAGGAGCUGGCGUCUCUGGUCAAGCUCCAUAAGCUCCACGGGAACAACUGGAAGCUGAUUUCAGAGAAGAUGGACCGCAGCAUCUACUCGCUGCAGAAACGCUUCUCCACAAUCGCUGCGGAUCACGGCCCCUGGUGUGGCGAGGAAGAGAAGCGGCUAAAGCAGGCGGUGAAGGAGUACCUGCAGACCCUGGUUGGAGACGGUUCUCCUGGUUUGAGCAAAGACCAGCUGAGCAAAAGACUCCCCUGGCAGGAGAUCAGCCAGAAGCUCGAGACCCGGUCCUGGAUCCAGUGCCGCAUCAAAUGGCAGUCCCUGCUGGAGGGCCGCUUGACGUGGUACGGCAAAGUCUUCACCAGAGGAGCUGACGGCUACGAUGCCAAGAUCCGCCUGAUCAAAACGUUGUACAACACGUGUGUGGAGGACAUCGCUGACGUCAACUGGGAGGAGAUCGCCCAGGCUGUCGGGAAGGUGACUGCGUGGAGCGUCCAGCGGAUGUUCAGCAGACUGAAGCAACGCAAAGUUCCACACGCCCACACUUUGUCAUUUGGAGAGACCAUCGACUUCCUGUACCACCAGGUGGUUCCUGUCCUGAAGAAGAAGCUGAAAGCCUACGGCUCCUGGGCGACGCACCAGACACAGCAGGGGCCGGACCGGUACCAGCUGUCAGACAUCUUCUACUCAGACAUGGAAGACGAGGAGGACGAGGAGGCAAACAGCUGACCUCCAAUCAGAACACAGAGACUUCAACAGGCCCCGCCCCCAUCUGUGAAUGUGCUUUAACACUGAACAGGAAGUGGACUGGAAGAGGCCCCAUUAUGACAUUUUCCAUGUACUGACCAGAUUGUAUUGAUACUUUUGUUACCUGAGAUUUUAUUUUGAAGUAAACCUGCCUGAUCUGACCAAUAGUG